AUGGGCCGCACUUAUCGUACUCACCACCCCAAAUUCGCCCUCGGAAACACCGUCAACCUGCGCAGUUUUCGCCGCAGUCUGCCCUUCCAGCGCGAUGACGAGGGUAACAUCACCGGCUACGACAAGCUCCUGAACGAGUCUCGCAAGAAUGUCGAACACUACGAUUCAUCCGGCACCCUAUACGCAAAUGCCACGGAAGCACUACAGGGUGACCGGUUCUACGUUGAGCAAGGUGACAAUGGAUACCGGUUCAAGGAGACCGAGACGGGAAAAUAUCUAGCGCUGAAGGGACAGUAUAUCAUCACGCCGCGAGGUGACAAUAUCUAUCCUGGUGAUGGGCCGGGAUAUCACCUAUGGUUCGAGGGGGCGCCAGAUGCAGUGUUUCGGAAUGGUGACAAUGAUUUGAAUGUCAAGGGGGAGGGGCAGCAUGCGAUCUUUUGGAUUGAUACUUUGGUGGGGCUGUAA